AUGCUCAAGAAAGAGUUAUUGCAUCGUGCCCAUAACUCUGAGAUUGAUAUGCUACAAUGGAGGACGUUGUACACAAGUCGCGACUCGCUAGCUCACAAAUGCCUCAAAACUGAGAUGUCACACACGUCAAUUGAACCCAAUUGUUUGCCAACCUUGCUGGAGACCUCACAAAAGGAAGCGGACGAGUUCGGAGGACGUCAAAAUGAAUCUGAAGCGGCAAUUUCUACUGAGAUGACGAGUUGCGUUGAGGACUUGGAAAAGAGAUUACAAAGCCAAGAUGUGGAUGUAACACAAAUCCAAGCCACAAGAGAAGAAGCCCGAUCCGGAUCACAUGAAUUGAGGUCUAGAGAUGCAGAGAAGACAAAACAAGUCACACCGAUCCGCACACUUGUUACCAGUUGUCCCAAUUGCGUUAGUGCUUCGGUUUAUGAAGUUUGGAGGCUCAUCACGUGA